AUCAUUGAUGAUCGUAUUAAUGAGAGAUUGAGCUCAAGCCGGAAAGAUGAAAAACCACAAGUUGAUGAAUUCACUGGGAAACGCAAGCGACGUCCACUAGCUUUCCUCGAUCUACUGCUCAAUGCAUACGAUGAUGGAGAAAUCGAUAAAGAGGGUGUUCGUGAGGAGGUUGAUACAUUUAUGUUUGAGGGACAUGAUACGACUGCUGCUGCCAUGUCAUGGGCGAUUUUUAUGCUCGGACACCACCCAGAAGUACAACAAAAAGCACAAGAAGAAGUGGAUGCAUUUUUUGAAUCUCGUCCAGAGACUCUCACCGUGGAAUCGCUCAAAGACUUGAAAUACUUAGAAUGUGUAAUCAAGGAGGCUCUUCGUUUGUAUCCUUCAGUACCAUUCUUUGCCAGGGAGCUUACUGAAGAUUUCACAAUCGAUGGCGUUGCUGUACCUAAAGGGACAACGGUCGGCACUGCCACGUUCGCUUUACACACGAAUCCAAAGGUGUGGCCAGAUCCGUACAAGUUUGAUCCUGACAGGUUUUUACCUGAGAACAGCCAAGGUCGUCAUCCCUAUGCAUACGUGCCUUUCUCUGCUGGACCACGAAAUUGUAUCGGCCAGAAAUUUGCGAUUUUGGAGGAAAAAAUGGUCCUGGCGUAUGUUCUUCGACAUUUCAACGUGAAGUCUGAACAUUCCCCGGAUGACAUGAAGGUGUGCGCAGAAAUUGUUACAAGACCAAAAGACAGCAUCAUGAUGUCAUUAACCCCAAGAAUAUGAGCAACGUACUGGAAACGUAUAUUUGACUUGUCGAGUACGUUUUUGUAGCGUUUUCGUUCUCUUUCAAGGCUGCCUUUCAAGGAAUAGAUACCAAUGCCCAAAAUAAURUGAAAAUUCAUUGUUGGUUACAAGUUCCUGAAAGAUGAAUUUGAUUUUUACGUUGCAUACAUGCUGUAUGCUUGACAUACACAGGUUGCAUUCGGCAUGUGUUCAACAGUUGUGCAUUUUAAAUCAAAAGCGCGGUGUUUGUAACGACUAUCAUACUCCAAAUUGUAUAAUAUAUACUGUACAUAUAAUACAAUAUACCUAUCGUGUAUUCUCAAUGUAUUCAAUAAUCAGGGCGCCCUGUGACUAUGUGAUAUUACCUAAAUAGCAGGGCUGUAUAUGAAUUAUGUGUAAUAAACCAUGGAAAUCAAUAAAAUACAAACCUCUUUUUA